AUGAUGAUGAAGAUGAUUAUACUUCCAAAUUGUUCCCUUAAUCAAAAGCCUUCCAUUUCCCCCUCCCUUCUUCCACCUUCAAAAUUACCCCAUCUCUCUUCUUCAAAUACGCCAUUAAUAAUCCCAACGGAGAAGUUGAAGCCUCGGCAGAUCAUUCCUUUGAAAAUUCAUGUUCUGAAAAAUCUCAAAACAGCAUGGAUGAAACUGUUGGACGGCUUUGUUGAUUCAGUCUUUCAAUUCUCUGAUCAAACCCUUCACCCAAAUCAGAGUAACUUUGCGCCGGUUGAAGAGAUGGGAGCGGCUGUUGACGUCACCAACAUCCAAGGAACCCUCCCCCAGGAGUUUCCCCAAGGAAUCUACUUAAGAAAUGGAGGAAAUCCAUUGUUUGGAGGAUUGAAAUGGGCGAAAUCGGUUUUUGGAAGAUCGAGUUUUAUAUGGGUGGAAGGAGAAGGAAUGCUUCACGCCUUGUAUUUCAAAAAAGCCGACGACACCAAUAAUAAUGACGAUGCCAAAUGGAAAGUGUUUUACAACAACAGAUUUGUUCAAACUGAUACAUUCCGUUUGGAAAAACAUGAGAAAAAACGACCCUGUUUUCUUCCCACGGUGGAAGGCGAUUCUCUGGCUGUUCUCUUUGCCUUUUUACUCAACUGGCUUAGAUUCGGAAAAUUCAACAAAGAUGUGAGCAAUACCAACGUAUUUGAGCACUCGGGUAAAUUUUACUCAGUUGCUGAAAAUCAUUUGCCCCACGAGAUGGAUAUCAACACUCUCCAAACUUUGGGGAAUUGGGACGUCAAUGGUUCUUGGAACAACCGCCCCUUUACAAGCCAUCCUCAGAAAGCACCGGAAACCGGGGAGCUGGUUAUCAUGGGCGUCACUACAACAAAACCCUUCAUGGAAGUUGGAGUUAUCUCUGGAGAUGGAAAGCGAAUGGUUCAUAAAGUAGACGUCAAACUCAGUAGAAGUAGCCUUAGCCAUGAAAUUGGUGUCACAAAGAGGUACAAUGUGAUAUUGGAUUACGCAUUAACCAUGGACUUCAAUAGACUUAUUAGAGGCGGAGUAUUCUUAAAAUACGAUAAGUUAGGAUAUUCCAGAAUAGGAGUGAUGCCUCGUUAUGGAGACGGCGAUUCAAUUCAAUGGUUUGAUGUGAAACCCAAUUGCUCCAUGCAUCUUUUCAACUGCUUUGAACACAACGACGAGGUUGUGGUGUGGGGAUGUAGAGCUAGUGAUUCAGUGAUACCUGGACCUGAAAAAGGAGUGAACAAAUUUGAUUGGUUCUGUGAAAGAUUUAAACAAAACAUUAAUGUUGAAGAUAAUGAUGAUGAGUCAUCGUUGGUUUCUCGUCCUUACCAAUGGAGGCUAAACCUCAAAACAGGAGAAGUUAAAGAGGAAUAUCUCACUGCAACUUCCAUGGAUUUUCCCUUUAUUAAUUUACGUUUCACUGGUCUUCCAAACAAAUUUGGUUAUGCCCAAGUUCUUGACUCCGUUGCUAGUUCUAAUUCAGGGAUGUUCAAAUUUGGGGGCUUGGCCAAGUUGCAUUUCGAAGAGCCUCGGACUAGUGAUGAACUUUCACCGGGAAAGAAGUGUAAAGAAGAGGAGAUAAAAGUGGAAUACCAUAUGUUGGAGCACAACUCAUUUUGCAGUGGAGCUUCAUUUGUUCCCAGAGAAAAUGGAGACCAGGAAGAUGAUGGUUGGAUAAUUGCUCAUGUUCACAAUGAGAUUACCAAUACAUCACAGGUAUAUAUAAUAGACGCACAAAAAUUCAACAAUGAGCCAAUUGCAAAAAUAAGUCUGCCACAAAGAGUUCCCUAUGGAUUCCAUGGUGCUUUCAUGCCCAUCUCAUGGAACAAAAAAUAG